AUGUUUGAAGUUAUAUUAACUCCGUUGACGAGGUUCGUCGAAUAUGUUAAUGGUCUAAAUGAAGUAUAUAAUCAAUUGACCUUUGAAGAACAAAAGGCAAUGACAAUCUUUGAAAGAAUACAAUACUACAAUUGGACUUUUGAGAUGUAUUGUAUCUUGCUCAUGCUAUUUUUUUACAUCACAUAUAGAAUUGGUGUGUCUAUCAAUGUCUCCAAAGCUGACAAAUUGUUUGCUUCUUUACACACGUACCUAAGAAAUGAAUUGAAAUUUGCUCGUGUUGGAUUAACAAGUAUGAAAGGUGGAAAUGUCAAUAGAUUAUACAUAGACCAACAUUUGCAUACUUGGCUAACCUCAUUUGCUACUGGUCGUUCAUCAAUUGACUCAAUCAAUAUCAAAGCACAUUUAAAGCCACGUCAUAACAUCAUCAACUUGAUUAUUGAGUAUAUUCUAGGUUAUUUCUUCUUAACGUACCAAUCUCCUGAUCUAGUCGAGUAUUUGGAGAUUGAAAUCAAACCAAAUGGUGUCUAUGUCAACAAUGAGACCUGUAACAUCAAUUCAAAUUCUAAAGAAAUCUUACAAAACUUCAAGUUUGUCACAUCUAUUGUGAACAAAUCAAUCAUGGAUAAGAUCCGUCUAGACAGAUACUUCUUGUCGUUGACUCAUGUGACAGACAGUGACUCCAUUCCUAAAGAAUAUGUUUAUAUGUCUGAGAUCAACCAGAUCAACGACUUUAUCAAAUCUUACACAAAAGGAUCUUUUAAUGAAGAAGUGUUGGCUAAGGCAAAGGAUUUUUUGCAAUUUAUCAGUUUUACAGAUCUACCUGAUUUCAGACCCAAGAAUAAGGAAGAAUGGAUUCAAUCUCUACAAUCACGUUGUGUUAUUCGUACUGACAUACCAAGGAACAAAGCUGAAUUGAACACGUUAAAUAAGUUGGUUGGUUCAAUGGUUGAAGUGUAUGAUAAUUAUACCCGUGAUCUAGUCCAGAAGUCGGAUAAAACCGUGAUUACCGCAGAUAUUUUAAAGAAAAUCAAUAUGUUGCGUCAAAAUGAGAUUAAUAGAAUCGACAAGAUCGCUAAACAAAUUGAAUUAGAGAAUGCAAUGGAGGAAAAGAAAGAAUUAAUGAAGGAAAAAAGACGUGAGAUGAAAAAGACUGGCGAAUUACAAAACAACGAACAAAAAAUGAGAGAAAAGAGAGAAAGACGUUUGAGAAACAGACAGAGACAGAGAAUAACUCAAUGA